AUGGAAGUCACACCAGCCAAGCCACUUCUCUUGCUCGCCGUUGUCGCUGCCACAAUUGCCGGAGUGACUCUGCAACUAUGUCCCUACAACGACCCGAGGCACAGCAUUUGCCGGUUCAAGCCCAGGGCCUGUCCUGGAAAGGUUCUCAUUCGCUCAGGCGGAGUGACCAAGGCCCAGCAGCUGCACAUCUUGGACCUGCACAACCAGUUGAGGGCCUGGGUUGCCGGAGGAUUUCAGAGAGGUCUACCUGCCGCCUCGAACAUGAGAGCCCUGACUUGGGACGACGAACUGGCUGUUAUCGCGCAACGCUGGGCAGAUCAGUGCACGGACGGCCAUGACAAGGAACGAAGCGUUCGUCGCUUCCACGUGGGCCAGAACGUGGCGCUGACCUGGACCUACGAGUACGAGGACAACCUCCUGGACGAACCCGACUGGGACUCCCAGAUCUACGCCUGGUACGACGAGUGCACCCAGUUCAACUUCAAGGCCUCAGCCAUCAGCCCGUUCCAGUUCAGCAAGAAGCUCGGACACUUCACGCAAUUGGUUUGGGCCGACACCUACAAGGUGGGCUGCGGUUAUGCCUACUACCGUCAGAGCGGCCGGGGUCUGACCAAGAUCUACGUGUGCAACUACGGACCGGGGGGCAACAUUAUCGGCGGGGACAUGUACGAAAAGUCGCCGUACGCAACCUGCAAACUUGGCCUGGUCCAGUCAGCCACUUCCUACCGAGGUCUUUGCGACAAGGACCCCUUCUACAUUCCACCCCUGAGCGAGGAUGAAGACGAAGAGGACGACUUUGACAGCAGCUCGUCAGAUCUGGCACAAGUGAACCACCUACCGACCAACUACUUCCUGUUGGGGCAUCCCAUCAACAUCACCACUUUCUAUUAAGUCUGGCGGCCGGGAACCCUCGGACGGAAAAAAAUAGCGACCGACACACCCCUCCGCACGGCCGAAUCGUAGUCGCUCCGUUUCCGAAGAACAUGCAAGAACAUGCCCUGAGCGAUCUUCGAAAUUGGCAUCGAAAAAUUCGCGACACGGCUAUAGCAGAUACUCCCAAAAUUAUGCGCGCGGAGUGUUUCCUCGAAUGACACAAAAAGACAAUCCCGGAAUGCGUUUCAAUCAGCUUUGCUUUUGGUAUUUUUUCGAUCCAUCGAGAGGUUUUGGGUAUUCAGCUUCGGGUGAUGAUCAUUCAUGAUGACGCUGCGACUCCUAAGCACUUCAUUCCAAAUCAGAGACAAUAGAGCUCUCUGCGUGUUGUCUUUAUCCAUGCUGCCUUGGGUAUACCUGUUGAUCUGUAUCGUUUGUCACGAACAUAAGUUCGUAACGCUCCUGUUCUCACCUUGUGGGAAAUUAAAACCCUUGGCAUGUCUAGCAGUAUUCAACCAAAAUCAGCAGAUACAGAAAGGGCCAGCAUGUGCAUUUCAUCACUCUACCACAUGCCAUAGCAAUUCUGUAGUAUCUCCGGCCUCCAACGAGAAUUCAUUACACACAGGUAUAAGUUAUACUUAAUUCAAUAGUUGCAGGGUGUCGUCGAGGCCACACGGUCUGCCCUAAACUAAAUGCGCUGAAUGUGGUCCAAAAUUUUAGCUUAUCCCUCAACUUAAAAUUAAAGAGCGUUUAAAAUGUAAUAACUUUCUGUUCGUACUGAAGCGUUCAAAGAAAUCCGGUUCAAAAUCAUUUAUCUUACUUCUUUUCUUUCUUUCUUUUUCUAUCAGUAAAGCAUAAAGAAGAUACUCCCGUUAGCCGGCAAAACGCAUGGUAAAUUAGAAGACUCGAGGCCCGUUCACACUUAGCGUUUGACCACACUUAACCAGUACGUCGACACGACUGCGAGUUGAUUCAAUCGAAUGGUUACAUUGUUUAAUGCGCCGUUUCCUCUCGUCGUACUCCACCGCACGGCAGUAAUACUCAGUCAACCGCUACUGUGAGACUGGGCCCCUCACGAAGCACCGAGUGAGAGUGGGACCCCUCACAAAGUCCUGACACGCGUGCCUACAGUGUUAUAGCUUGGGGCGGUGGAGAUGUCAUUGGACCGUGUAGGAUCCUACUGCGUUCUUGCGGAUGAUGUAGAGGGAGGAAAGUGAAAGCUAAUGUUAUUCCGCUGCAGCCACUGACCGUAAUAACGCCUUCAUCAUUUCAUUUCAUCUAUCACUAAAAACCCUUUGUAAAUAAAGUCUUUUUUUUUUUUUUUCAUCUUCAUCUUUGUCGAGUUUCGGACCUGUUGUUGAGGCGCCGAACUAUUUCACAAAUCCGUGCUGUCGCCUGUGUUCGCCUGCUUGUCUUCAAAUAAAGUUGUACAGUUACGCCUGAA